CUGAACUCAUUCGGGCUGAGUCCACCACACCCAUAUAUAACCCUCACUCUCUCGAAUCGCCUCCAAAACCCUAGAACCAGCCCCUCCGUCCGCCGUCACCUCUCGCCGCACGCCGCCAUGGGCAUCGACCUCGUCGCCGGGGGCCGGAACAAGAAGACCAAGCGCACCGCGCCCAAGUCAGACGAUGUCUACCUUAAGCUCCUCGUCAAGCUGUACCGCUUCCUGGUGCGGAGGACCAAGAGCAACUUUAACGCGGUGAUCCUCAAGCGCCUCUUCAUGAGCAAGACCAACCGCCCGCCGCUCUCGCUCCGCCGCCUCGUCAACUUCAUGGAGAGCAAGGAGAACCAGAUUGCUGUGAUCGUGGGCACCGUGACCGACGACAAGAGGGUCUACGAGGUGCCUGCAAUGAAGGUGGCCGCACUCAGGUUCACUGAGACAGCAAGGGCCCGUAUUGUGAAUGCCGGCGGCGAGUGCCUCACCUUUGACCAGCUGGCGCUCCGUGCACCUCUGGGCCAGAACACGGUUCUGCUGCGUGGACCUAAGAAUGCUAGGGAAGCUGUGAAGCACUUUGGUCCUGCACCUGGUGUGCCGCACAGCCACACCAAGCCUUACGUCCGCUCCAAGGGAAGGAAGUUUGAGAAGGCAAGAGGAAGGAGGAAUAGCAGAGGCUUCAAGGUCUAAGUUGUCGGGUCUUUCUCACCUAGUGGACUAAAUAGAUCUUGUUGAGCCUGAGAGUUCUAUGUUAUUACCUCAGUUCCAGGACGUUUGAGAGCUCUAUGUUAUUUGUACACCAGUUCCAGGAUCUGCUAAAUUUUGCUCGAAUAUUAUGCCCUUUGUAGCGAAAGUUUAUAACUGUUUUCGUCAGCACAUUAGGCUCUAUUGAAUCCUGUUGACGCAAUCUGAACUAUUCAAUUUUCUUUUGGUAUUAA